CCAAUGGGGAGCGAGGGCGCGCUGGUUCGUUUCGGGGAAGGCAGGAGAGCGCGGCGGUUGGAAAAUGGAUCGAAACGAGAUCUACUACUCGGACCGGUACAACGACGGCGAGUUCGAGUACCGUCACGUCAUGCUGCCCAAGAAGAUCGCAAAGCUGGUGCCCAAGACUCACCUGAUGUCAGAGACGGAGUGGAGGAACCUUGGGGUGCAGCAGAGCCCGGGCUGGAUUCACUACAUGAUCCACGAGCCAGAGCCUCACAUCCUGCUGUUCAGACGCCCGCUGCCGAAGAAAGGCCUGGAAGGGUUGUGACCUGCUGCACUUUCCACUCUGCCUCAACCCACCCUCCCCUCUCCACCAUGGACCUCCCCACAGCCCUCUGACAGACAACACCCCUCCCCACACACCCACACUCUGACACACUCUCACUCAGAUUCACAGACAGAAACACACACUGACACAGACACACACACUGGUACAGUCUCACUUAGACAUACACACACGCUCUGACACAGACCAGACCCAGAUUCACUCACACACACACACACACUCUCUCUCACAGGCACACGCACUCAGAAACACACACACACUCUCACUCACACACACACACACACUCUCACUCACACACACACAUUCACUCAGACACACUCACACACACAUUCACUCACUCCGACACACACAAAGCAAGAGGCCCCGCCAGCCUUCCCUUCUCUUCCAUUCCCCAACAGCUCGGGGUCACUCAAAGGCCAGUUCCUGGGAAGAGGGGAAGGCCCGGACGAUGGAGCCCCCCUCCCCAACCCUCCCCCCCCCCCCCCCCCUCCCCGAAUCUCUCUGAGUGCUCUUUAUUUUUCUUGUCAUGGCUCUCGUUCUCUAGCGAGGUGGUCAGGGGGAGGUGCAGCUUCCACACGAUGGAGCCCGAUGGGUGAGAACCCCUUCCCCCCCCCCAGCACCAGCCCCAUUUGAUAGCUGGGGUUGGGGGGCAGUGGGGCUCCCUAACGGACCGUCAGCUCCAGGAUGGGUACUGACCACUCGGAGCGGGUUGGCAACAUCUGCAGGAGCAGGAUUGGCACAGCACCAAGGUUAGGGCUGCCAGUAGAGAGGCCGAAUAGCCUCCAGCACCAGCCGCGGCCCGUCCUGACCGAUUUAUUCUCUGCUUGGUUUGAUCCGCUGUGUAGCUGAUGUCAGCCUGGGGUGGCUAUGAUCCCUCUUCCUCUCCACCAUCUGUAAACUUCCCCAGCUGACGUUGCGGCUGUGUGGUGCUCAACUUCCUGUAGCCAAUCCACCCUAACCUGCACAUCCCUGGGCACUACAGGACAAUUUAGCAUGGCCAAUCCACCCUAACCUGCACAUCCCUGGGCACUACGGGACAAUUUAGCAUGGCCAAUCCACCCUAACCUGCACAUCCCUAGGCACUACGGGACAAUUUAGCAUGGCCAAUCCACCCUAACCUGCACAUCCCUGGGGCACUACGGGACAAUUUAGCAUGGCCAAUCCACCCUAACCUGCACAUCCCUGGGCACUACGGGACAAUGUAGCAUGGCCAAUCCACCCUAACCUACACAUCCCUGGGCACUACGGGACAAUUUAGCACGGCCAAUCCACCCUAACCUGCACAUCCCUGGGCACUAUGGGACAAUUUAGCAUGGCCAAUCCACCCUGUGGAGAAUGUGCAAACUCCACACAGACAGUCACCCCAAGAAUGGAAUCGAACCCGGGUCCAUGGCGCCGUGAGGCAGCGGCACUAAUCGCUGAGCCAUCGGGCCACCCCAUUUAGUAUGCGAGAGAAUCAGUCUGCCAGUUUGCUGAGUGGUUGUUUCAACCACCUACAGUCUCCAAGCCAUCUCACCAGAUGGUUCUCCGAGUCAAUGUCUCUGUCUAUUUUUUUUUCCCUCUGUGUUAAUGGAGGGGGAGGUGGGAGAGGGGAGAGUAUUUGCUGACUGCUGUAAAAGUGCACCUAAUACUUUAACUUCCCAUGUUUUGCUGCUGUCCGUCUUUGGGACACACUCUCCUUCCGCGUCAGACAUAGGAGCAGAAAGGAGGCUGCUCCACCCAUCGGGUCUAUUCUGUCAUUCAGUGGGGCUCAACCCGGCUCUCCUGACACCCCCACCCCUUGACCUGUUGAUUUCCCCUUCCAAGUGAUCCAAUCCCAUGAGGGGAAGGAGUCCUUCCCGCUGCGUCUCCCCCACCAGUGGGCCCUGACCUUUUACCUCACCCUGUGCAUGGGGUAAGAAGAUCACUCCCGGGACAACCCAAUCACUCCCCCUACCUCCUCAAUUCGCCGACAGGACUCCGAAGAGCCGGGACUGUGGAAUGUAUCCGACACCUACAGCUUGUGCAUUGCAAUCCCCUGUUUCCGAACCUUUUGAUACAUGUUUAUCGUGAUCUGUCUUUGAAUUUUUAAUAAAUGUUUAAUGACCUUU